UUUUCUUCACGUAUUUCCACAUUGUUUUAUAAGGGAAUUAUUAUAUGGAAGCAUUUGGGUUCAAUCCUUUUGUUUUGUUGUGUGAUCUUUUUUUAUCUUCCUUAACUAUGAGGUAUUAUCAAUUACACAGUGAACUACAUAGGAAAGCUCCCGAAACAAUUAGAAUUCUCCAAAGUUAGUGUAGAGUGGUUUUGUUGUGUUAAUUUGAGGCAUAUUACCAAGCAAAAGUUAAGAAAUGUUUGUCCUUGGCUAAUUGAUAUUUUGAUGCUGGUUAACUUGUUUGAGUACCUUUUGAGUUACACCAUAACUUAUUUUCAAUUGGCUGUGUAUUUUUUUACGAUGCAGUAUCUGAGAAGAUGUUGGGUUGUGGCUAUGGUCCUUUCGAAUGACUAGAUUCUGCAGUUAUUUUUUUCUUUUUUCCAUAGAACGUAGAUUAUAUACCAUGAAAUUAUUGUUAUUGGACUUGAAGUUCGUAGUGACAAACUUAUUUGGGGCCUUACAAGGUGAUAACGAUGCUCGUUAUGCUACUUUGCUUACUAGCCUUUACUUUGGCUGGUCUUUAUGGAUAAUGCUUUACUGCUUUAGACACGGAGAGAAUUUGUUGUAAUGCUAUUUAACACAAUGUUGUUUAGCAAAAAGGAUCUUUUUAAUUUUGGUUGGUCACAAUGGAUAAUCUCUCUAUUGCAUUUCUAGUCCAGGGAAUAAAAUAAAUGCAUUGGUUUCCAGCUACUAACAUUUUGCCUGCCGUCCGUUAGUGAUGUAGGCUAAUAAUAAUAUGUCUAUUGACUUAGUCUGGAGAACGUAUAUGUUCAGUCCUUUUCUUUGCUAAUGUUACAUAUUACAAUCAUUAAAAGUAUCAUUUGUUGAAUCUCCUGAUCUGCAGUGAGGAAGCUGAAUCUCGUAAGUUUUAGGUUAUGGAACUUAAAGCACAUAGGAGAGCUAGAUGGAAGGAUCCUGUCACUCAUCAAAAUGGUGAUGUGAACUCAUUAGAUGUGGAAGAGGAGCUUGAUCCCUGGACUGCCUGGGCAUAUAAGCCUCGUACAAUUACAUUGUUACUUAUUGGUGCUUGUUUUCUGAUAUGGGCAAGUGGUGCACUUGAUCCUGAACCCAAUUCAACUAGUGAUCUGGUUACUUCUGUGAAAAGAGGUAUAUGGGCAAUGAUUGCCAUGUUUCUUGCUUACUGCUUGUUGCAAGCUCCUUCCACGGUACUUAUCAGGCCACAUCCUGCAAUUUGGCGCCUUGUUCAUGGAUUGGCUGUUAUUUACCUUGUUGCAUUGACGUUUUUUCUUUUUCAGAAGCGUGAUCAUGCUCGGCUGUUCAUGAAAUACCUGCAUCCCGAUCUUGGUGUUGAACUUCCUGAAAGAUCAUAUGGUGCUGAUUGUCGAAUUUAUGUACCUGAAAGUCCUACAAGCAGGUUUAAGAAUGUUUAUGAGACACUUUUCGAUGAGUUUGUUAUCGCUCAUAUUCUUGGUUGGUGGGGAAAAGCUAUAAUGAUACGUAAUCAGCCACUCUUGUGGGUACUGUCAAUUGGAUUUGAGUUGAUGGAGCUGACCUUUCGCCACAUGUUACCUAACUUCAAUGAAUGCUGGUGGGAUAGCAUUAUCCUUGAUAUAUUAAUCUGCAAUUGGUUCGGUAUAUGGGCAGGAAUGCGUACUGUUCGGUACUUCGACGGUAAAACUUAUGAGUGGGUUGGUAUCAGCAGGCAGCCAAACAUCAUAGGCAAAGUCAAAAGAACACUGGGACAAUUUACACCUGCAAGGUGGGACAAAGAUGAAUGGCACCCUCUCCUUGGUCCAUUCCGAUUUAUUCAAGUUCUCAGCCUUUGUAUUGUUUUCUUGACUGUGGAGCUUAAUACAUUCUUCAUGAAAUUUUGUCUUUGGAUUCCUCCUCGAAAUCCAAUCAUAGUAUAUAGGUUAAUUUUGUGGUGGCUUAUUGCAAUACCAACCAUUCGUGAAUACAAUUCUUACCUACAAGACAGAAAACCAGUGAAAAAGGUGGGAGCUUUUUGUUGGCUUUCUCUUGCUAUCUGCAUUGUGGAACUCCUCAUUUGUAUCAAGUUUGGACAUGGAUUGUUUCCUAAUUCCAUGCCCAAGUGGUUAGUGAUUUUCUGGACGUCUGUUGGGAUUGGAUUUGUCAUAUUAUUGGCUACAUGGUCAUGGCAUUUGCACAGAUCAAUGCGGAGAAAGCGCCAAUAAGUUCAUUUUUAUGCCUUCUCUGUUCUUUCGAAUCGUCCAUGUAUUCUGGGUAGCCAACCUUGUAGAUACCCACCACGUCUUUUAACUGUAAAUGUUUACUAUUUUAGGUUAGCUAGUACAAAUUGAUUCUUGUAGAGAAGAGGUCAAUUCUUUUUAUUUUUAUUUUUUCCUGUUAGACGUGAUAUAGAUGCAAUUGAGAUGGCAAUUUUUUGGAGCAUGGUUUGUUGAAAGCAUUAUCAUCAGAUGCUUCUUAAAUGCAAAGCUUUUUUGCUUCGAGGUUAA